UGUAUAUGUAUAUGUAUAUGUAUAUGUAUAUGUACAUGUAUACAUGUAUAUAUAUAUAGAUGUAUAUGUAUGUGUAUAUACAUGUGUGCGCAUUAUUACACAUUAUUACCACUAUCAUAAAUCUGGACUCACAAUAUCUUUAUUGCGGACACCCAAUAUUACAUCCCCAUACUAGUUCGCAAUAAAGUAGGGGUUUCGCUAUCUUGGGAUGGCGUCUUCGUCGGCGAGUAGCCCGCAGAAGGGGAAGGAUUGUUCACCCGACAGGCCUGCUCAUCUAGACAACGAUGACAUAGACGAUGACAUAACUGCGUGUGUGUUAAAUAUAGAUAAUAACGCUUCGCUGGACGAUAGCGUUGCCCAAGCGGCCAGUGUAUCUGAUACACAACCACAGACUGUAUCGGAUGACCAUGACAAUGAUACCACUAAUAGCAUCGGCACGGCCACUGGCCCGGCUGCGCCAUCAACCCAGCCCUUGACACGUGCGUCUUCGUUCGUUUCGCUAGGCACUAUGGUGACUACAGGUGUAGGCGCGGAAACCCCCGCCACCCAAGUCCGAAGCAAUGCCGUCGAGCACGCGCGCAGAAGUUAUUUUGUCAAGUUCCUCCUAUAUCUGGAAAUUCUGAUGUGGGCCGCUCAAAUUGUGGCUGUCAUAGUCGUAUUAGCAUUACACUGGGACAGAAAUGACUGCGACACGCCAUUGCAAGUGUGGUGCCUUGUCGUUGGUAUCCGGAAUGCAUUUGCUAUUGUAUUCAAGAUUGCCAAGUAUAAGAGGCCCGAUAACAUUCAAAUACGCAGGUUCCAUGCAGUACUUGAGGUAACCCUCCUGGUUUGGUUUAUCGUGGGAAAUUAUUGGCUGUUUGAUAGCCCGGGAUGUGAGGGUUCGGCAGUAUACAUACUUGCUCUCUGCUUGGUCAUCUUCUCGUACAUCUACUUGCUCAUCCCUUUCAUGCUCUGUUUGUCCCUGGUCUUCUGUUUACCUUUUGUGCUUCUAGCAAUUCGACUCAUGAAGAACAACAACGGAGUUUCCGAUGGGGUCAUCAAGAGAAAGACAGUUCGAACAAAGUUUAAGUACGGCAUGUAUGAUAAAGCCGACGCAAGCUGCUGUAUCUGUUUAAAUGACUAUGUCGACGGCGUCCGACUAUCAACUCUGCCUUGCGAUCAUCACUUCCAUAGAAAAUGUGUCGAUGCCUGGCUGAGAAUUAACCAGUCUUGUCCGCUGUGUAAGCGUUUGCUGAUUGAAGUUGAGCCAAAUACGGAGGUUGGGCCCUGAACUGGAAUCAGCAGAGAGCGAGUCACAGUUAUGGGAGCUAUAGAUGGUUCGGGACAACCCACGACCGUUUAAUUAACUGUCAUCAAGCAAGGCCAUUUUUACUUUAUGUCGAGAAAUGUACAAACUUGGUGGAUAGAUUACAAAGGGGAAAGACAGAACCUAGUCUGUAAGUCGGUAUAGAUGAAAGUAUCAAUCGCUCUCAUACAGUGUAUUGAAAAAAUGUCUUAGUGGGUCGGGCCAUCGCUGUUUCUAGUGGUCGUGACUUCAGCUUUCCACUAUCUGGUGAUAUGAUUGCGGGCCUAGCUUUGCAUAGUUGCGGUCCUUGUCUGCAUCAGCCGAGGCUCUUGCUUUAACGGGCGGGUUCAACCAUGUUAUCGAUUGCAAGCCAGUCAGCAGGGAGUCACUAAGCGAGACUAGCUAUGUCGGACUUCCCUUUAUAUGGACAUCAAGCGGACGAGUUUGGCUACAGUGACAGCCCCCCCUUCUCCCCUUUUUUUUCAGUGAGGUUUCGUCAACAGCCAGGUCGUACCUGGGGAUAUCUAUACCAGGUCGUUCACGAGUGAAGUCAAAUGCUCGAUGGUGAAGAAAAUUGGUCUGUUUCACUCAAGUCUUGUAUAAAUAAAUUCUCGAAUCAAGCCAAUAGUGGCA